AGCUCGGUUUUUAAAGUACAUUCGGAGAUUCCAUUCGACAAAGAGGAGGAAGCCUUCAGAAAUAUUUUUCUUAACCUAACCGCACCUCACAACACCUGGAGCACAAAUUCUUCCCUCAUCACUAAGACAUAUAGGGUGGAAUACUGAAGGAGAAUGGAGUGGUACGUUCUAGCGCUGAUUCUGAGCUUGUCCUCUUCGACUCACGCAGACUGCUCUUCCCACUGUUUAAACUGCGCGCAACAGAUUCCUAGUUCAGACAUGCCCAUCAACAGCCUGACGUGCACCUUAGAGUGUGAAGGUACUCUCACAUCCACAGUAGAAUUAGAUAAAUGCGAGAAAGCGCUAGAGUUGUACUCUGCUGGUCUGACGGGGUUCGGCGACAGAAACAAAAUCCCGCCCAGCACGGCUGGGAUGGAGGACCAAGAGACAUCUGUUGGCAACAUAGUCAAGCGUUACGGUGGAUUCAUUAAAAGAAUCGACAAAAAUAAAAUAUUCAAUUCCCCGUCGCGUGAAAACGCUUACCUUAAAAGUCUGUUCAACAAGAAAUACGGGAAUUCAUUCAGAAAAUUUGGGGAAAGGGACAUCUCGGAGCUUUUCCAGGACUCUCAGCGCGGGGCUGAUGCUUCGGAGGACGAGACAGCGGUCUCCGACGACGACACAGCAAUCAACGAAGUGAAACGCUACGGAGGAUUCUUACGGAAAUUUGGCCCCAAGAGAAGCAGCUCUGGGGAGGAAAGCAGCCAAGAAGAGUUGCAAAAGCGAUACGGAGGUUUUAUGCGAAGGAUUCGACCAAAACUCAAAUGGGACAACCAGAAGAGGUACGGCGGCUUUUUACGGCGCCAUUUCAAAAUAUCAGUUCGAUCAGACGAAGAGCCAAGCUCAUAUGAUGGCUUUGACCUAUAGAUGAGGGUUGGAAUCGUUGCUGCCAGACUGAAAGAACUUCUAUCGUGGAUGCACCGGAAUCCCUACUAUAAACCCGUUAACUUGUAGGCUAUUUGUGCAUUUUGCUUACCAGACCAAGCUCCAUGAAGUU